AUGACUUCCAAUCAAGAUGAUACGACCGUGCAGGUCAACAAAGAAGAGCUUAGACGGGCUGGCGACUUGAUCGUCAUGCGCCUGAUGGAGGUGCAGUCUUACAUCGCCGAUUUAGGCAGGGCCUACGUCCAGCACGUGAACAACAUCACCGAAGGACGUGAUGCCAGCAUUGACCUCCCCCUUGGUCCCUCUGGAUUCGUGGGCUCGGACAUCCCCUUCCGCGCCGGCAGCCCCGGCGCUAAGUCCGAGGCUGGUGGUCCUAAGAAGCGCAAGCGCGCGCCCGUCGACCCCAAUGCGCCCAAGCGUGCCUUGACUCCCUACUUCCUGUACAUGCAGCACAACCGCAGCAAGAUCGCCGAGGACUUGGGCAAUGAUGCACGCCCCAAGGAUGUUGCCGACGAGGGCACCCGCCGCUGGCAGAGCAUGGAAGAUACCCAGAAGGAGGUCUGGAAGAAGAUGUAUGCCGCCAACUACGACCAGUACAAGCGCGACAUGGCAGCCUACAAGGCCGGCAGCAAGGUUGACGAGGACCAUGACCAUGACCAUGACCACGACCACGACCAUGAUCCUGCCGCCAGCCAACUGCAGCAGGACUUUGCCGGUGCCGAGCCCGAAGUCGAGGCCGAGGAGGCUGAAGCUGAAGCCGAGCCCGAAGAGUCUGCUGACGAGUCGACCGAAUCAUCCGAGGAGUCGCACUCCCCCUCUCCUGCGAAGGAGAAGACCCCCCCGCGCAGUACCAACAAGCGCCGUCGCAGUGAUAACAAGGCUAAGGAGGCUGAGACUCCUGCCAAGUCGCCUGUCAAGCGGGGCCGCAAGGCUGCGGAACCGGUGUCCACUCCGGCUGUCAAGACACCCGCUGAAAAGGGGCGCAGGAGCAAGAAGCGCAAGAGCGAUGUGUAA